AUUUCUAUAGCAAUGGCUUCCAUUUCUUGGCCUCCCAAUGUCAGAGCAAUCCAUGUUGCCUUUGCUGCCAUUUUUGUUGUUGUUGCCUCCUCUCAUUUGAGCCAUGUUAAUGGUGCCUCUACGCCAACGGUGCUACCAGCCGUGAUCGACUCCCCUUUGUUGACACAAAAAAUCGCCACUAAUCGCACGCUUAAGGUUGAUAUUAAUGGCGAUGGUGAUUUUAAAUCCGUCCAAGCCGCCAUUGACGCCGUUCCUGAAGGAAAUGGUAAUUGGGUUAUCAUCCAUGUAAGGAAAGGAGUUUACAGAGAAAAGGUUCUGAUUCCUGUGAAUAAGCCAUAUAUAUUUCUAAGAGGGAACGGAAGAGGAAGGACGGCCAUUGUUUGGUCUCAAAGUUCAUCUGAUAACAUUGAAUCUGCAACUUUUCGUGUUGAAGCCCCUCACUUCAUUGCCUUCGGUAUUAGCUUCAAGAAUGAGGCUCCAACUGGGGUUGCCUACACCUCGCAAAAUCAGUCAGUGGCAGCAUUCGUAGGCGCGGACAUGAAUGCAUUCUACCAUUGUGCAUUCUACAGCACCCACAACACACUCUUUGAUUACAAAGGGAGACAUUACUAUGACAACUGCUACAUUCAGGGCUCAAUUGACUUCAUCUUCGGCCGCGGCCGGUCCAUGUUUCAUAAUUGUGAGAUCUUUGUUAUUGCUGACAAGAGAGUGUCGAUUCAUGGGUCAAUCACGGCUCAGAAUAGGGAAGACCCAACUGAUAAUAGUGGGUUUGUUUUUGUGAAAGGGAAGGUUUAUGGUAUUGGCGAUGUUUACCUGGGAAGAGCAAAAGGUGCCUACUCCAGGACCAUUUUUGCCAAGACUUACCUGUCUAGAACAAUUGUGCCCAUGGGCUGGACCAACUGGAGUUAUGAUGGCCCCACAGAUAACAUGUACCAAGCAGAAUACCAUUGCCGUGGACCUGGAGCUGAGACCGACCAGCGUGCUCCCUGGUCGAAGCAACUCACUGAAGAAGAGGCUGAGAAUUUCAUGUCCAUAGACUUCGUAGAUGGCAAGAAUUGGCUGCCAGCUUGGCUAUGAAUUGAUUAAGCUCUUCAUUUUCAAAGAAAUGGAUGCUGCCAAGCCAAUUGAUGUCUUCUUAAGUUACCAAUUAAGCUUAUUCUUUUUGAUGAAAAUUGUAAUGAAAUGCUUUACUUAUUGUGAAGUUCAAUUAUGUAGUGUUUUGUUAUACUACAAUGAAUGGUUUAGGAACUCAUGUGUAA